UCUGUUUUAGUCACCGGAACAAAACUCAAUAUCUCAUCCGACAAAGUUAGAGAAACGAACAUAUUUAAAUGAAAUGAAAAUAAAUGGAGAAGGUGGAGAGUUGUGAGAAGGACAGGUGAAUCUACCAAUAAUCUCCUGCCUUAGAAGAAUGGGUCACAUGGAGUUUUGGCUUUCUAUAUAUUAAACCUAUUUCCCAACUCUAUUUUUUCUCUCAAAGUAGAUACAUUUACUUCUUUGACCAUUUCUCAAAACAGAGUCCCGUUGGUGUUUUCAUAAAAAGUUUUUCUCUCUUUUCGUUCAGUCUUUUGCGGGAUCUCUCGGUUUCUGACAUUGCCGUGAAAGUCUCAAAUGCUUGUCUAAUAAAGCAAACAUAUUUUGUCCGAAAACUGAGCUCUUUGAUACGUACAGAGAAAGAGAAUCCCGCAAAACUCUCUCCUCUCUCUCCUUCUCUUCUCUGUUUUUUUGUGGGUAGAGUUUUGGUUCUUUUCUUGGAUCAUAAUGGGUUUUAAUGAAUCCAACCUAGACCGAUUCUUACGCUGCACUACACCUAUCGUCCCUUCUCGUUCCCUCCCAAAGACACAGAUCAAGAACCUGAAUCCUCUGUGGUACCCGUUGGAGAGCGAGAGCGUGGAGUACUUCAGGUUGAGCGACUUCUGGGAUUGUUUCGACGAGUGGAGCGCUUACGGUGCAGGUGUCCCCAUUGUCUCGGAAACGGACGAGACAUUGGUCCAGUACUAUGUUCCUUACCUCUCUGCAAUCCAGAUUUUCACCUCUCAUUCUGUUCUCAAUGCUUUAAGGGAGGAGACAGAAUCUGGGGAUUCAGGGAGCGAGACAUGUAGCGAGGAGUGGAGAUGGGAAGGAAGUUCUUCUUCAGAGGAAGGAUUUGAUCAUCAAGAACCUCUUGAUCGCCUUGGUUACUCUUACUUGCAGCAUUUCGAGAGAUGUACACCUUACUCCAGAGUCCCUCUCAUGGAUAAGAUCAAAGAAUUGGGAGAAAGACAUGCAGGGUUAUGGUCAUUGAGGAGUGUUGAUCUGUCUCCUGCUAGUUGGAUGGCUGUUGCUUGGUCUGACUUUUUCUUCUCUGUGUGGUUUUCAAAAAACAAAGUUAAGGUUAAUGUUUUUCAAAUGGUGAUGGUGUUAAAUUAUAUACGUAGGUAU